UCCUUUUUCUCCACAUUGUUUUAAAAUUCUUUUAAUUGUUUGUAGCUCAUCUUUCUCUUGGUGCCAUUUGUUUUGGUUCUUCUAUCUACUAAUCACUUAACAAAAGGAGGUUUCUAUAUUAAUAUAUUUUGGAAGUAUCCUCUGGCUUUAUUGUGUCCAUGGGUCUUGAAGUUGGCUCCCUUGGCUUGAAAAUUAAAGACGGAGGCUUGACUUCAAGAACCAACAGUUUCAAUAGAGAUAACACUACUCACCAGAACUCUCCUAAGAUUAAUCGGAAACCAACUAUGCAGCGGUCGUUGAGUUUCAACAGCUGGGAGGUUCCUGAUGAGCCUUUCGUGUUCUUCUCUCCUAGACCGGUCACCGAGCUUGAUGCAGCUGCAACUACCGUACAAAAGGUGUACAAGAGUUACCGGACAAGAAGGAACUUAGCAGAUUGUGCUGUCCUUGUAGAGGAGCUUUGGCAGAAGAGUUUGGAUGCUGCAGCUCACAAAUUGAGCUCAAAUACUGAGGAAACAAAAAAUGAUUCAGGUUUUAAGGUUCUUGAGACAAAGAAGUCAACUCAUAACACUUUGAACGGGAGAAACUGUGAGAGAAUCCAAAUAAAGAAACCCACAGUAACUCCACCUGAGCCUUUUGUGUUCUUCUCACCUAGACCGGUCACCGAGCUUGAUGCAGCUGCAACUACGCUACAAAAGGUGUACAAGAGUUACCGUACAAGAAGGAACUUAGCAGAUUGUGCUGUCGUCGUUGAGGAGCUCUGGUGGAAGACUCUUGAUGCUGCAACUCUGGACCUGAGCUCUGUGUCUUUCUUUGAAGAAGAGAAACAUGAGCCCGCUGCUUCAAAAUGGGUGCGAGCUAGAACACGAGCCGCUAAGGUUGGGAAAGGCUUGUCAAAAGAUGAAAAGGCUCAGAAAUUAGCUCUUCAGCAUUGGCUUGAAGCGAUUGACCCACGUCAUCGUUAUGGCCACAACUUGCACUUCUAUUAUGAUGUCUGGUCAGAGAGCAAGAGCUCACAGCCAUUCUUUUACUGGUUGGAUAUAGGAGACGGAAAAGACGUAAAUCUUGAGAAACACCCAAGAAGUGUUCUGCAGAAACAAUGCAUCAGUUAUCUCGGACCAAUGGAGAGAGAAGCAUAUGAAGUGAUAGUGGAAGAUGGGAGACUAAUGUACAAACAAAGCAUGGAUCUGAUCAACUCAACUGAUGAAUCAAAGUCCAUAUUUGUACUUAGCACGACUAGAACCUUAUACGUAGGGAAGAAGAAGAAAGGCGUUUUCCAGCACUCUAGUUUCUUAUCUGGAGGAGCCACAACCGCUGCAGGAAGAUUGGUGGCCCGUGAUGGGAUCCUUGAGGCUAUAUGGCCAUAUAGUGGACACUAUCUCCCAACAGAAGAAAACUUCAAGGAGUUCAUAAGUUUCUUGGAGGAGCACAAUGUUGUUCUCACCAAUGUUAAGAGAUGUGCUGUGAAUGAAGAGUAUUCGUCGUCAUUCAAAUCCACUACUGAAGAAGAAGAUGAACCAAAAGAAGUAUCAGAAGAAGUUGAGUUGCCUUCAGGGCAAGAAGAGAGAGCGAGACCAGUGUUUGAUCAUGCGAAGAGACUUUCUUGUAAAUGGUCAAGUGGAUACGGUCCAAGAAUUGGGUGUGUUAGAGAUUAUCCAGUGGAGCUACAGGCACAAGCAUUGGAGCAAGUCAAUCUCUCACCUCGUGUCUCACCAGCCUAUUCGUAUGGACCAAUCCCAUCUCCAAGACCGAGUCCUAGAGUGAGGGUUUCUCCACGGUUAGCUUACAUGGGGAUCCCAAGCCCUAGAGGUGUGAAAUGCUAAAACUUACACUUGUUUAAUCAAGAAAGAAUAGGUUAGAAGAGGAGAAGCUAGCCUCCGUCUUUCUUUGUUCUUUUAUAUCUUUUGUAUAUUUCGUGAAUUGCAAGAUUUUUUGUUGUUUCGAGUAGUUCUUUGUAUGAUCGUUUUGUGGGCUGUUUAGAUCCAAAUAUUUGAAUAAAUAAAAACGUGGAUGUUGUUCAUAA